AUGUCACGUGGCGGACGCGAAACUUCCUUCCUCUCCUUCGACGACGCACCCAACUCACCCAACCCGCAAGCUACCUUCGAUAGCUAUGCUACUCAACCUUACGACAGCAUCACGACACCUAACGCUUCUUCGAGUACACAAUGCCAGCAGCAUCGCCAGCAACCAGCUUCACCCGACUAUACAGCACCCGCGUCCGGCUCGAAUCGUUCUUCGCCUUCCAAUACAGCACCCGCGUCCGGCUCGAAUCGUUCUUCGCCUUCCAAUACAGCGCGACAGACACCAUCACGGCCGAGCAGCUCAAAGCACCUUGCUUCAGCAGUGUUCGCAGAUGCUAGUGAUGCGUCGGAUCGAGCUGAUGCUAUUCAUGCCUCUCCUUCGCGUGCUGCCAACAAACCGCCCUCUUCAAGAGGUAGUAGGUUAGGUGCUCUGCUUGGAAGGUCGAUGCAGAACAACAAUGACGGUUCGCAUUCUAGCAACGCUUCUUCCUCGACGAAUCAUACCGAUGCAACAUCCUCCAAUGACUCGAGCUUCUUCGGCCGUCGGAAUCGGAACAAAGCUCUUCCUCAGCACGAGCAUAUAGAUGAAAUGCCAGACCCGAGCUCGACUGGGGCAGGGGCGUUGAGCUCGAAUGCAGCGAGAUCGUCUAGUGCGAUGGACAUGCUUGAUUUCAAACCUCAUUCUCCUCGUCUCGACAAUCAUGUCGCUGGUGGGGAUGAUGCAAGGAAUGGCAACGGUCAACCAGCGAGGCCUUCUUCCCAGUCGAACCUGUCGGAUAAGAUCACGGCCGGGGCACCAGCAAGCGUCUCUUCCAGCACUGCACCGCAGCAGCACAGUCGUGGCGGCCGAUUGGGUCGCCUUGCCUACAAGAAAGAGGAUUCCAUUGCUUUCAUUGCGCAAUCUCGCAAUGCUUCUCAGCAAACGGCAGCAUUUGUGCGCAAUAGCAGCUUGGAAGAUGCGGAUCGUCAGCAGUGCAGUGCUGCAGCACCUCAUCCCACGUCUUAUCCGGCAACUCGCGGUCCAGGCAUUGAGGAUCCGAACGGUUCUUACACCAGCGAGCCAGUGACUAGCGAGCCAGUGACCAGCGAUGCUCGUGUUGGCCAUCGCUACACACCGGGCUACAACGGUGGUCUCGACUACUCGCAUGGACAAGAAGCUGCAGUCGGCGUCGCAUCUUCGGCACACACCCAAUCAGUCGCUUCAUCGAACAACAUCUCAUCCCGAGCGCCCUCCGUUGCAGGCACACACGGCGCCGCAGGAGGCUAUCAUAACCGAUUCAGUCGACAAGGUCUUUCCCAGCAGCUCGCGCACGAUUCCUCUGCUGACUCAGCAGAAGCAAGAGCAACACGAACUUCCGCUUCUCGGUCAUCGUACGAUAAGGACAGCAGCCCACCACGCGGCACUCUAUCAGAUGCAGCCAUCGCCAUUCUUGGCGCCAUGCCUGGUGCAUCCGCCGGUUCUCUCCUCAACCCAAACGGCGCACCGCUCAGCAGCAAGAACAUCCUCACCAUUGCCCUUCAGAAAGCGCAGAACGCAGUGCAGCUCGACAGUGCGAAUAACGUUCCCGAUGCCAUCUCUGCCUACAAGCAAGCGGUGCGGUUGUUGGAGGAAGUCAUGGAACGUAUUGCUCCUCGUAACGGCAAACGUUCUCGACCGAGCAGGGAGGAGGAAAGACGUCGGCUGCGGGUGAUUCAUGAUACAUAUGCCGACCGGAUCCGGUUGUUGUCGAUGAUCUAUUCGCCUGAAGAGCUGGACGGACAUGUCGAGACAACGGAUACCAGCUUCAGUUCUAACGCCGCUCAGCAGGGAGGAGCGGCUACAAAGGCCGACUGGCUAGAUCGUAUGCGUGACGAUAGUCAGCAUCAUUCCCUCGCUGCUACGCAUAGGAUGUAUGGUGGUGAGCAGCAGCAAUCGCCUAAAGAAGAUGCGAGGAGUUUCCUAUCGAUUACGCCUGUUAGGGCUGCUUUUCCGGCAUCUUCCCCCGCCACGAUCAGGCCAGGGGAGGGUGGUGGAAAAGCAUCACCGAUCCAGACUCAGCAUCCUUGGCCAAGAUCUCCACCUAUGCAGAACGAGGCUCUUUCGCCUUCGCUUGACUCUUCACCCCGGCGGAGGCGAAGGGAUCACCGUAGACCGGGCUCAAGAGGCUCGCGCGGAAGUAGAGCUUCGAUCUCGUUAUCGAUCGCGGAUGAGCAGGAGGCACCGGAUCACAGGCUGCCUCCACCGGCGAUUGCGGAAGAGAUGCCGAGUAUUUCUAUCGAAGCUAUGACUCCGAAUCCCUCCUCUACCUCCGCUACCAAAGAGAUGGUAGGAUCGCCGAAGAAAACCGCAGCAACCCAACUUCGGGAGGAAGGAGUACAAGCACAACAACACGGGAGAUCCGAUUCGGAUAGUUCGUAUCAAAGUACAACUACAGGGUCAAGGUUGAAGCCUACAGCGACAAUGCAAGGUAGAGGGGCGUUUGGGUUGGACGAUCAAGUAAAGACUCCUGUUACGCCGUAUUUCGAUGCUACUGGUGAUGUUGCUGGUUCUGAAGAGCGGGAGGGAGAGCAGUGGCAGUGGCAGGGGCAGGGGCAGGGUAGGGGGAGAAACCUCUCGUUGACUUCUUCGACUGCUAAACCGAAGAUCGAACCUCCAACAGUAGCUGUGCCUGUUGUGGAGAAACCAGCAAAGAUGGGUCUAGCACAAAGAGCACGCGCGUUAAGCUUCAAAGGUCCAUUGCUGCGACAGAAAGCUUCGAUGCCUUCGCUCGGAGGGGCGAGAAAGGAGGAGCUACCCACUCCCAUGCCGCAAAACUCGAGACCUGGGUCUGCAGGCUCACCAACGGAACCUGAUGCUGGUGAGGUGGAUCAUCCUACACCAUGGAACGUUGACCCCUCUGCAACCUCAACCACCACCGGCAAUACGGCUUCCAACCUAACCCUCCGCUCAGGCAGUAACCGUCCAAGAGCAUCAACAGCAUCCGCUCUCGUCUCCGCCUCCACCGCCGCAGGGACCAUUUCUCAGCGUCGAAAAGUUUCCAACACUGCUGCAUUAGAACCUCGGGAUGGAGAAUUGCAUACCGAAACAGAAGGUGAGGUUGGAGGAGUAGCAAUGUCAAAUAGACAACGAUCGACUUCUCAACCUGGAUCGAGAAGACCGAGUAUUCCGGCUGCAUUUAUUGCUGCUAAUUCACCAACUGCUGGGGCUCCUCCUGUGCCGAAUUUGGCUAGAACGCUGUCUGCUUUGGAGCUCAAACGUAGCGCCAUCACUGCUACUGCUACUGCUACUGGUGGUGGUGGUGGUGGGGAUGGUGGGGAAGUAGGUGUUAAGGCGGACGGGGUGGUGGCAGCAGAAGGAGGGACAGGGCUGAGUCUGGCUAUGCCCCUUCCACGAUUUCCCGCAACCAUGCAACCAGCAAGCGAAGAGGAAAAGGGGGAGGGAGGGAAGUUUUUGAUCACAGACAUCUUCCCCUCAGGCUUACCAUCAUUAGCUGCCGGUAGACCGAGUUAUUCUUGCACCAUCCCCUCGCAUCCUCUCAACGCCAUGGUUUCGACACAGGCGCAUCCACUGUUGAAGCCAUUUACGAUGCUUUCUUCACUCCAAACCUCUCUUUCUACCUCUAGUGGGAGUGGGGGAAGCUGGCUUACUCCUCGGUUAUUCAUUCCUUCUUCAAUAUGGCGUUCUGCUUUUGGUUUGAAGCUUAUUUCCGUUGAAACCAAGCUCCGAUCGCUCGAAACUCUCACUUCUGCCUUGGAUGGCGUUGCAAGAGGCGGAGCCGCUCUCCUAAUGCCUUUGGGCUCCGGUGCCGGAUUGGAAACUAGUAGCGGGACGAGGUUUGUUAAGGUUUUAGAAGAAUUUGAGGUGGUGAUGGGGGAGAUCCAGAAUUCUCUGGCUAGAAAGCUGCCGUUUAUCGAACCAGUGCUGGAAGAAGGAGGGGGUAGGGGAGGAGAAAAGAAAGGAUUUGGUAGUCGUUUCACCCGAGGGUUGGACAGAAUGACAGGUGGUGGUAUUGGCCAAGCAAAAGCUCUCGACAGUACCACUUUACAUCUUUAUGUCGAUGCCCUUUCGAAACUCUUCUCUAGAUGUCAGAUACUGGCUUCUCACCUCAAAGCAGUUUUGGUGGCAGACGGAACCAUCGCUCCACCACCUUGUGCAUCAACCACAGGAGAGGGAGGGCUAACAGCAGCAGGAGCACUCCAUUCACCAGCAGCAAUUGGGUCGCCGCAUCCACAUCUAACAGCUUAUUCAGCCCUACCUUCGACUCUAAGGCAAGCUAUCUUUGGCAAAUUGAGAAGAGCAUCACAAUUCCAUGCCAAAGUCGUGCUGCGGUGGGUAUUGCAAGAUCUUGGAUUGAUGCUGGAGAGGGUGAAUAAGCGCGGUUCAGGUAUCUUUGUUGACUAA